AUGCAAGCAAAAGCAAUGGCUCUGACAACCAGUGCCGCCGCUGCCAUCCAGAACCCCUUCCUCCACCCUGUCCCGGACGCCGGAGCCGCCAAACCUUCAAUUCCCAUCAAGCGUAUCUCAAUUUCACCGCUCCCGAUUAAACCAAGAUCAAAACCCAUCUCAGCCGUCCAAUCCUCCACCAACGUGUCGUCCCCAAAAAGAUGGAAUCUUGAUAGCUGGAAAUCCAAGAAAGCCCUCCAGCUUCCAGAAUACCCAGAUAAAGUUUCCCUUGAAUCGGUCCUCAAGACUCUUGAAUCGUUCCCUCCUAUUGUCUUUGCAGGUGAAGCUCGCAGCCUCGAGGAGAGGCUGGGCCAGGCGGCUCUGGGCGAUGCUUUCCUUUUACAGGGAGGUGAUUGUGCCGAGAGCUUCAAAGAAUUUAGUGCUAAUAACAUAAGGGACACAUUCAGAGUGCUCUUGCAGAUGAGUGUUGUACUCAUGUUUGGUGGCCAGAUGCCCGUGAUUAAGGUGGGAAGAAUGGCUGGCCAAUUUGCUAAACCAAGAUCCGAUCCAUUUGAAGAGAAGGAUGGCGUGAAGCUGCCAAGCUAUCGAGGUGACAAUGUAAAUGGGGACACUUUUGAUGAGAAAUCACGAGUUCCUGACCCCCAUAGGAUGAUUCGGGCCUAUACCCAGUCUGCAGCUACAUUGAACUUACUCAGAGCAUUUGCUACUGGAGGAUAUGCUGCCAUGCAGAGGGUUACCCAAUGGAAUCUUGAUUUUACCAAGCACAGUGAGCAGGGGGAUAGAUACCUUGAACUGGCUCACCGAGUUGAUGAGGCCCUUGGCUUCAUGUCUGCUUGUGGUCUCACUGCUGACCACCCAAUCAUGACCACGACAGAGUUCUGGACAUCACAUGAGUGCUUGCUUUUGCCUUAUGAGCAGGCACUAACGAGGGAGGACUCAACUUCUGGCCUUUAUUAUGACUGCUCUGCUCACAUGCUUUGGCUCGGGGAACGCACAAGGCAAUUGGAUGGUUCACAUGUUGAAUUUCUAAGAGGCGUUGCCAACCCCCUAGGAAUCAAGGUAAGUGAUAAAAUGGAUCCAAGCGAGCUAGUAAAGCUCAUUGAUAUUCUGAAUCCUGAAAACAAACCUGGAAGAAUAACCGUGAUAACCCGAAUGGGAGCCGAGAACAUGAGGGUGAAGCUUCCUCAUCUGAUAAGGGGAGUUCGCCGAGCAGGUCAAAUUGUUACUUGGGUUAGUGACCCCAUGCAUGGGAACACAAUUAAAGCUCCUUGUGGACUCAAGACUCGUUCCUUCGAUGCAAUAAGGGCUGAGGUCAAAUCGUUCUUCGAUGUACAUGAUCAAGAAGGAAGCUAUCCUGGAGGCGUGCAUCUGGAGAUGACUGGGCAGAAUGUUACAGAGUGCAUUGGAGGUGCUCAGACAAUUACGUACAACGAUCUCAGUUCACGUUAUCACACUCAUUGUGACCCGAGGCUUAACGCUUCUCAAUCAUUAGAACUAGCUUUCAUCAUUUCCGAGCGCCUCAGAAGGAGAAGGCUCAGACCACAGCGCACUCUUUCAUCUUUCAGGGUUUAG